CCAUAAUUUGAUCUUAUCAUCAGGUGUGUGUGAUAAUUCACAUCUUCAUACCUACCUUCCUCUCCACAACAUAUUAAAUAAAUAAAUUCCUCUUUAUUACACCAACUCCUAUAUCUAUAGAUUUUCAUAUCCUAAAGUACUCAUUUCAUUCAAUAAUUCAAAAAAUUAUUAUUACUUUUCAUUUCAACUUGAAGCCACCGCAACAUAACACAAUUUCACAACACAAACCUUAAGAUGAGGAAAAGUGGGAAAGAACAAAAACAAAACAAGAUUGUGAGAAUAAUAACAACACCAAUAAGAGUGUUGGGAAAAGCAAGAGACAUGUACGUAAGAAGUAUAACAAAGUGUGGUAACAACAUGAAUUAUAGCAACCCGAUAGAUCCUACUGGAAGAUUCGAGAAUUUACCGCGAAGUUAUAGCGCAGUAACUUCUAGAUCCGGUGGUGGUGACAAUAGUGAAGAUUUUAAUGAACUUAUGAGAGCUGCUUCAGCGCGAACUUUGGUUAACCGAAUUGAUAUGGAUAUGGUUCUAAAACAACAUCAACAAGAAACUACUUCACGCCCCGUUUCUUCAAACGGGUUACCUAAAUCUGUUAGUGUCGGUAUGGGUCGGAUUGAUGAAGAAAAAGCUGGUGAUUUAGGUGAAGGUGAUGUUCCUGUUGUGACAAAUUCUUAUCCAAGAAGUAGAAGCUAUGCUGUUGGAAAGAGAAAUGGUGCCUUGUAAAUUCAGAAAAAUCAAUCUCUAUUGAGAAUUGAUUAUUUCAAUUUUCAUGUUGUGGUAAUUUUGAAUUUCUAUUAUUUGAUUGAAUUUUUUUAUGUGAUUUUUCAUUUUGGAUGCUUGAUUCAUACUUGAUAUGCCCCUUCAAUCAAUGCAGUUCAAUUAUUCAUACUA